UUCUAUCUAGAAACAGCAGAGCAUCACAAGUAUGCAGCUUGAAUGGUGGCUCUGUUCUCGUCGCGUCUCACAGGAUCUGCUGGGCUCUCCACACUGCAACUAGUAGGAAAUAAAUCUGCUUGAAUCAGCUCGAGUUUUGCUUUCAAAUUACAAAAGGUAUUCCGCUGGUUGUUGUUGGUUUGCAAGAACAGUCGAACUAGACCCGGAGUUCAGAUUCUGAGUGCGACGAAGGAAGGAGGACAUAUCUAAUCGCACCACACUUUGAGGGGCACUCGACGCUAUCAAGCAUCAUCUUCAAGUCGGUAGCCAUCAUCUAGAAGUUGUACGAGGUCGUCAAGCGGAUCAUCGCCGUCUUGAAAAGCUGCAGCAGUAUGUCAGGCUUCAGGACCACGAAGGAUAUCCUCACUCAGCUAGCCAAUGUUCUUCCCACGGGGACGUUCAUGCUUUUCCAGCUGAUCGCCCCUCUCGCCACUAACAAUGGCCACUGCGGCAAGACUGAGAAGAUCGUGACGGGUGUUCUCCUGGCAGUUUUUGCAGUGAUUAUCGUUGUGUCUUGCUUCACGGACAGCGUUAAGGUUCCCAGCACAGGGAAGGUCUACUAUGGACUGGUCACCACCAAGGGCUUGUGGAACCUAAGCUUCCAGGGGUCGGGAAUUCCGGGGGUCUCCGGCGCGUACUACACAGCGGGCGGGAGCAAGUACACGCUGAGAGUGUUUGAUUUUGUCACUGCUGCGCUCUCGUUGUCUGCUUUUGCCACAUUGUCACUCCUUACGGAUCCUGUGUCUGGAUGCUACUGGAAACAAUUGAGCUCAACUGUCGUGAAGACCGUUCCCCUGAUUGUGGGCGUGGCGGUCUCGUUUGUGAUGACCUUCGGGCCCUCAGCACGAAACGGCUUCGGAUUCAAAGUCGAUGCUUCCGUCCCAGCAAAAUCGGCUCCCAGGACCAGCUUGUUAGGCACGCCGGCGAUCUCCACCUCUUCGGUCUGAUUAGGGCCUGUAAGAUUGCAGGUGUUAAUAAAGGAGCUAUCCAGAUUUCCAUCACUCGGAACUACGUUUGGAGGCAGUCGCUUUUUGUGUUCAGCUGUGUGUUAAUAGCUGUACUUAUUCAUAAAGAUGCUCGUCUUGUUGGAUGAUGUCUGUUUCGUGUUUCUGGCGCGAAAGAUUAGUAUGUGUGGCGCAUUUGAUAUGUCUCUAGUAUGAAUGGGAAAUAGCUCAAAGGACAAAUCGUCACAGAACUUAGAAGCUAAGGCAAUGUCUUCAUCUCAUGGCGAUGCUUUGAACACGUCUCUUAACAUCCAUUGAACUUGAUUCGGUAGCAUAGUAGUGAUGGGUGAAGCGUACCACUCUUGUAACAAAAUCAUUCUUUCUAAACUUUCUCAAAAAGCUGCAAAACAAUUUCGAGUA